ACACUCCAAACCCUCUACCUCUUCGUCACCAUGUCCAAACCUUCUUCCUCUGAUCCUCUCCAACCACCACUCUUCGAUCCCAAGCAACCUUCAGUACCAAUUUCAUACCCAAUCAAAACCCUAGAGGAUCUCAAAACUCGCACCUACUUCAAUUCCUUUCACUAUCCUUUUAACAUUGCUUUGCUUCCAAUGUCAAAUCAAGCCGCUUCAUCAUCAUCAUCAUCAUCAUCAUCAUCAUUGCCUAAUAGGAGAAGAUUGUUGGUGUGUCAUGACAUGGCAGGUGGGUACUUAGAUGACAAGUGGGUUCAAGGGGGGACCAACCCUGAUGCUUAUGCAAUUUGGCAUUGGCAUUUGAUCGAUGUUUUUGUCUACUUUUCACACAAUUUGGUUACUAUUCCUCCUCCUUGUUGGACUAACACUGCUCAUCGCCACGGAGUUAAGGUGCUGGGUACUUUCAUCACCGAAUGGGAUGAGGGAAGAGCUGCCUGUGAUGUGCUGCUUUCAACAAAGGAGUCUGCUCAAAUGUAUGCAGAACGUCUGGUGGAGCUUGCUGUUACUUUAGGCUUCGAUGGCUGGCUAAUAAAUAUGGAGGUAAAUUUGGACCGAGGACAAAUUCCUAACUUAAAAGAGUUUGUAGAUCAUUUAUCGUCAUUGAUGCAUUCAUCUGUUCCUGGAUCGUUAGUGCUUUGGUAUGACAGCAUUACAGUUGAUGGUGAUCUGAAUUGGCAAGACCAACUAAACUAUUACAAUAAGCCUUUCUUUGACAUAUGUGAUGGGAUAUUUGUUAACUAUACGUGGAAGGAAAACUAUCCAAGCCUCUCUGCUGCCGUUGCAGGUGAUCGGAGGUUUGACGUGUACAUGGGAAUAGAUGUAUUUGGAAGGAACACAUAUGGUGGUGGACAGUGGAAUGUAAAUGUUGCUCUCGACGUACUAAGAAAGGAUGAUGUAUCUGCUGCUAUAUUUGCUCCUGGAUGGGUCUAUGAAACAAAGCAACCACCAGAUUUUGAGACUGCUAAUAACAGUUGGUGGGAUCUUGUGGAAAAGUCAUGGGGAGUAUUGCGUAAGUAUCCUGGAGUAUUACCGUUCUACACAAAUUUUGAUCAGGGACGCGGUUAUCAUUUUUCAAUGGACGGAGACCUUAUGUCGGAUGCUACUUGGUGCAACAUUUCUUGCCAAGGCUUUCAGCCGCAUCUCAAUUUUGCUGACUCUACAAAUCCUAUUCAAGUUUUUACAGACCUGAAGGGAUCAUCUUAUAGUGGAGGAGGGAACAUUACAUUCAAAGGAUCUCUUGAAGAGCAUGCUCACUUUGAGAAGAAAAUCUUUGAAGCGGAGUUUGUUUUGAGCGAGUUGCCUAUCCACUUAACUUAUUCUGUGAAAUCUGAUGGCAAUUCUUCGCUGGGACUUAAGCUUGCAUUCGCUUCCUCCACCAACAAAAGAGAGUAUAUACUUCUUGCAUCGCAACCGUUGAACAAUUUCUCUGGAAAAUUCAGCAAAGCAAUCAUUACAAAUGGAAAUAAAGGAUCUUCACCUGGAUGGGUUAUAAAUGAAGGUACAAUCGCAAUGAACGGAUACACACUAGCGGAAAUCCAUGCAGUGUGCUAUAGAUGCGAUUCUCCAUCGAAUAAGUUGAGAUGGCUAUACGGUUCAGAUAGCAGCGAUAGUUUUUCGGCUUCUACGUCAGAUUAUUUCGCAAGCCUUGGUCAUAUCUCAAUCCAGACAUUAGAAUACAAGUCAGAUUUUCCUGUGGCUUCUUCGUGGCAAGUCGACGCCAAAUACAUGAAAUGGACGCCAGGUCCUCAGGGCUCAAAGAUCCUUAGUCUUCAAAUUUCUUGGGAACUGAAAGACGGAAAGAACCAUCAAUUCAGAAGCUACAAUGUUUAUUUGGUGAAAUCGUCAAAACAAGAAGGUACAAGUUCAAGAUUGGAACAUGUGAAGGAGUACCUUGGAGUGGCACAAGCAAAAUGUUACUAUGUUUCUGAGCUUAAAGUUCCUUCUGGAACUUAUAGCCUCAAAUUUAUAAUACAAGUGUGUGGUGAUGAUGGAACAUUGCAGGAAUUGGACGAGUCUCCAUAUUAUGGAUUGGAGGUUGAAGGUCCUCAAAUUAGUAUUACAAUGUAACAUUAUUUGUACUAUAAGGGAAUGUAUGUUGUAUAUUAGUAUGAUGCAGCAGCAAGCAAUAAAACUUCCAUUUAUUA